UUUUUUUUUUUUUCAUUGUAUUCUUUUGUUCCUUAUUUAUUUAUUAUGAGGCUAAACGAAAACACUGUUCUUAUUGGGGAAAAAGUUGCACUUGUACCUUAUAGACGAGAACAUGUGCCAAAAUAUCAUGAAUGGAUGAAAUCGCCCUUUCUCCAAGAAAUGACAGCUUCUGAGCCACUUACUUUAGAAGAAGAAUACGACAUGCAAAGAUCCUGGCAUGAAGAUGAAGAAAAACUUACUUUUAUCAUCACUACUGUUCCUAAGGAUAGUAAUUUAUUAUUAAAAGACUUGUCAGAAUCUGAUAUUAAGGAUAAUACAGUAAUGAUUGGCGAUGUGAAUAUUUUUUUCAAUGAUCCCGAUAAUGAUCGCACUUUUGGUGAAAUUGAAGUUAUGAUUGCAGAACCUGAAUAUAGGAGAACAGGUAGAGGGAAAGAUGCAUUAAAGAUUAUGAUGUGCUAUGCUAUGGAAAUCCUUGGAGUAAAAACAUUUCAAGCAAAAAUUUCUUUAAAGAAUGAACCUAGUAUUAAUUUAUUCAAGUCAAAAUUUUGUUAUUAUGAAGUGGCUGUAUCUAGUAUUUUUCAAGAAAUUUCGUUAGAAUGGACACUUUUAGAGCCUGCACCAGCGAAAGUGGAUGAAUAUGGAAAUGAAAUUGACUCUUAUGGAUCAAAGGCAACAUUGGAACAACGUCAAAAAGUUCAAAGUAUUCAUAAAGAGUUAAUAGAAUAUUGGAAAACUAUGGUUAGAACUUGUAAAUAUGAUGUUAUUUUAUAAUAUUUAUUUAAAUGAAUAAAUAAAUGAGAAGACCUUACAUAAUUACUUGUACUGUUAAUCAUUUACUUUCUUAAGUCAAAUCAUAACAAUGGCUUUUACCAAUAUCCGUGCUCUGAAUAUUCAGAAUUAUGGCUAUUAUUGCUGUAUAUAGGAACUGACAUCUGCUUUAGCCACCAUUCAGGAGAUACAUAUAUUCUAUCAAACGAUAUCACUGCAGACCCUUCAUCACUCUUCUUUGACAAUAAAGGAUCCAAAUCAAUCUCUUGACAGCCAUUACUGCUAUUAUAAUAGUCUAAUUUAAACUUUUCAAUUAAUUGUAAUAAAACUUCAUUGUUAUUUCUUGUUUCCAUAUUAUAUUGAAUCUUGAACCCUAAACCUAUAACUGCCAGUCCACUACUACUACUAGUACUGCUACUGCUACUGCUACUAUUACUACGACUACGACUACGACU